GUUCUUCAAGUGCCAGAGGAGAGAAGGGUGAUUUUUCUGACAUCCUCCAGCCUGCUUCUCCAUAUAUGGAAAUGUUUACCCACCACACUGAUCUAUUGGAAGGGAAGGAGGUGACUCAGGGUUUAGGAGAAGCAGGAUUUGAAUUCUUGUUUCCAGAAACAAAGUCGCCCCCUCCCCCCGCCCCUCCCCCUCCAUUCCUUUGCCCCUUGUUCUGGGAGCUGAGGCGAGAAUGUUUCAGUGCGGUUCCCCUCAGGCCUGGGGACCACCUCCUUGCAGUGGGACUCAGGGUGUGUGAGAGAGAGUGAGGGCCAACGGAGGGCCAGCUGCCUGUGGGGCCUUUCAGCGCGUGGAUACAUUGAGGAAGCAGAACUGAAGACGGAGCCCAGUCUUCUGAUUCCAGUUUAGAACUUUUUCCAUUGUUCUACUGUUACUCAUAGGAGGGAAGAUAUUUUUCCUCAGUUGACACUUGCAUUGUAAUCUACUGAACCUUUUGUCUACUGACCAUUCCAAGAGCUAGCUAUCUAAGAUUCAACAAUGUCUCACCCAUCUUGGCUGCCACCCAAAAGCACUGCUGAGCCCCUUGGCCACGUGCCUGCACGGAUGGAGACCACCCAUUCCUUUGGGACCCCUAGCAUUUCAGUGUCCACACAACAGCCACCAAAGAAGUUUGCCCCAGUUGUUGCUCCAAAGCCCAAGUACAACCCAUAUAAGCAACCUGGUGGUGAAGGUGAUUUUCCUCCACCCCCACCUCCACCUCUAGAUGAUUCCAGUGCUCUCCCAUCUGGAUCUGGAAACUUCCCUCCUCCACCGCCCCUUGAUGACGGUGCUUUCAGGGCACAGGGAAAUCCUGGAGGCAAGACCCUUGAGGAGAGACGCUCCAGCCUGGAUGCUGAGAUCGACUCACUGACUAGCAUCUUGGCUGACCUGGAAUGCAGCUCCCCCUACAAGCUUCGUCCCCCACAGGGCUCUACUAGUUCAGCAACAGCUUCUCCUCCAGUCUCCACUCCUGUCACAGGACAUAAGAGAAUGGUCAUACCAAACCAACCACCUCUGACAGCAACCAAAAAGUCUACAUUGAAACCACAGCCUGCACCCCAGGCUGGACCCAUCCCUGUGGCUCCAAUUGGAACACUAAAGCCUCAGCCUCAGCCAGUCCCAGCCUCUUACACUACGGCAUCCACCCCUUCAAGGCCUACAUUUAAUGUACAGGUGAAGUCGGCUCAGCCCAGCUCUCAUUACAUGGCUACCCCUUCACCAGGACAAUUUUAUGGCCCAGGGCCAGGGGCCCAAGGCUAUAACACUCAUACAGUUCCUAUGUCUGCGCAGGGUCCCCCUCCUUCUGCACGAGGAGGCAUGGAUUAUGCAUUUAUUCCACCACCAGGACUUCAGCCUGAGCCUGGGUAUGGGUACGCCCCGAACCAGGGACGCUAUUAUGAAGCCUAUUGCCCAGCAGGGCCUGGCUAUGGGGGCAAAAGUGACUCUGAUCCUGCCUAUGGUCAACAAGGUCACCCGAAUGCCUGGAAGCGGGAACAAGGGUAUGCUCCUUCCGGAACAGGGAACCAGAACCCUGCUGGGAUGUAUCCAGUUGCUGGUCCCAAGAAGACCUACAUCACAGAUCCUGUUUCAGCACCUUGUGCACCACCACUGCAGCCAAAGGGUGGACAAACAGGGCCCAUGGGGCCUCCAGCUGCUCCCCCUUCAUUCCGCCCCGAAGAUGAGCUCGAGCACCUGACCAAGAAGAUGUUGUAUGACAUGGAAAAUCCACCCGCCGACGAAUACUUUGGCCGCUGUGCUCGCUGUGGGGAAAACGUCGUUGGGGAAGGUACAGGAUGCACUGCCAUGGAUCAGGUCUUCCACGUGGAUUGUUUUACCUGCAUCAUCUGUAACAACAAGCUCCGAGGGCAGCCCUUCUAUGCUGUAGAGAAGAAAGCCUACUGCGAGCCCUGCUACAUUAAUACCCUGGAGCAGUGCAGCGUGUGCUCCAAGCCCAUCAUGGAGCGGAUUCUGCGCGCCACUGGGAAGGCCUAUCAUCCACAUUGCUUUACCUGUGUGAUGUGCCACCGUAGCCUGGAUGGGAUUCCGUUCACCGUGGAUGCUGGCGGCCUCAUCCACUGCAUUGAGGACUUCCACAAGAAAUUUGCCCCCCGCUGUUCUGUGUGCAAGGAGCCUAUCAUGCCGGCCCCUGGCCAGGAGGAGACUGUCCGCAUCGUGGCUCUGGAUCGUGAUUUCCAUGUUCACUGCUACCGGUGUGAGGAUUGUGGUGGUCUCCUGUCUGAAGGGGACAACCAAGGCUGCUACCCUUUGGAUGGACACAUCCUCUGCAAGACCUGCAACUCUGCCCGCAUCAGGGUGUUGACUGCCAAGGCUAGCACUGACCUUUAAAUUUAGUCGCCUGUUUAGUGGUUUGUUGAUGGCUCUGAGAAGAAUGAAACACAAGAAAAAUAAAAGAAAUAGGAAAAGAGAGGAAAGUCAGUCAAGCUGUGGGAUGGUCUCCACUUCCAUUAACCUAGGAACACAUAGAGUAUGAGAUUUUUUUUUUUUUUAAGUUCUUAACAAAUACACAUUUCACAUUUAAUCAUGUAGAACCUUGAUGGGUCUUUGUUCCCAAGGACUCGCACAUUUUUGCACGGAUUAUGCUCCAUCCCAUUCACUUCUGCAUUCCUUUAACUUUUAAUCCCUGUGCUUGUCUCACUUUUCAUCUGGUUGAGUGGCUUUUUUCAGUGUGGUAUUUGCUGUUGCAGUUUUUCCUGGGUGAUUCUGCCAACUCACAUGUGCUUUUAGGCUUGAAGUCUCCAUCCUCACUUCCACAUUGCCCGGGAUCAUAAAAAAUAGCCAUUUUCCUGUUUUUUGAAAAAAUAGAUCUUUCUGUUGCUCUAAACUGAUCAUGUCUCUUGGGAAAACAAUGCAUAAUUCUAAGUCAGGCUAUAAAGAAUUUAAGAUGUAAAUUACAUAGGUUAAACCAAGCCCAGAUUUAAUUUACAGUCAUCCAAAUUCAAAAUCUAUAAUGACUAGUGGUUGGGGCUCAUUUGAAAACUGAUAUUGGAGAGAGAGAACCAGACUUCAAUAUUUUUCUAAAGAAAUUAUAGAUGGAGUAUUCUAGAUAAAGCAUUUUGAAGUUAUAUUUGAAAAGUUCAUUAUUACUGCAAAAUAUUAUCUUGAGAUUUUCCUUUUCCACAUUACCUGGACAUGAUAAUACAAACUUUUUUUUCUCUCAAAUACAACUUUUCUAAUACCAUGCCACUUUUUAUAUCAGAAAUAUUACCACUUUUUUUCUAAUAUCCAAACAAAACUAUCAAAAUUGACUUUUUCCUCUAGAGGAAGAUAGCUAUAAAGAACAGUUUAAAUUCUUUUUUUUUUUUCCCCCAAGCUUAAGUCCUUUUUGCCUGACAAUUGAAAAUCAGGGCACAUAAAAUUGUGUUAGUUUCGUUUAGUUUACUUUUAAAAAGCAAGAAAGCUUGAAAAGAUUGUGAAACCACAGUUUCAUUAUUCUUAUAAUCCUUCUGCAACUCAAAUUACAUAUUGCAGGAGACAUUUUCAUAUCAUUGAUGUUACAUUUACACCACACUUUCAAAGACAAUCACUGAAAAAAAAAAAAAAAAAAAAAGCCUUUUUGAGCUAAAAAUAUGUAGAGUCUCCACCUGGAAUCUUUCUUCAAACUCUUAUCGGGCAGUAAAAUGCUUGCCUGCCAACUGCAAAGCCACAUAUACUUUAUUACAUUGUAUAAGAGGGAUACUUAUCUUAGUAGCUUGUUAUUGUUUUGUAAACUAAGUAUUUUGGAUUAACAUUAGUUAAACCUUUCUUCAAAUCUUCCACAAGUAUAUACUUUUAAAUUAUGAAAUAUUUUAAAUAUACUCAAAAGUAUAAUAAUAAUAUAAUGACUCCCUAUGACACCCGGUUUAAGAAAUCAGAUAAAACAAAUAGUUACAUUCUCCUGUAUACCCUUCCCUAACUCUACAAAUAUCUUUUUCAUGAUUAGAAAGUGAUCAAGUAAGUUUUCUAGUCUGACUUCUUUUUGUAAUUUUUACACUUAGAAAUCAAAAACUGUGCAUGUUUCGAACUGCAACUCAGGCUUCAAGAAUCCCAAUUAAAUUUAGUUUACUUUCAUAGGCAUAGUUGUAAAGGUGGUUCAUUUUUUUUCAAUAAGAAAUUCUUAAGACUAUAGGUCUUCUAAAUUAAUCCGUGGCUCAUUUGCUUUGGUCAUCAAACAGUUUUGUUUUAGAACCACCAGAGUUAGAGCUUUUCAGAGCUUCCUUUGACCACUGUCCUAUCCUUACUGCUGCCCUUAUCCUUGAUCUUACAUAUCUCAUCAUGUGAAAAACAAGGGAUCCACUUUGGGCAGAGUGUGAAUUUUAAGAUACAAUGGCAACUGUAUCUAUGAAUUUCUGUCUUCCAAAUUAAAGGCCAGAGUAUAUGCUAAUGGCCUCAAAGAGCACUGACCAUGAGACAAUUUGGGUGAUAAUAUAAUCUGCUUGAAUUGCUUUAGUAACUUGUUUUCUAUGAAAUACUUGGGGGAUAUCGUUUUUAGGUCAUAAGCAAAGAGCCCAAUUUAUUGAGAGAUUUUUAUCUCUUGAAGUACAGUCAUAUUAUUAUGAAUUUUGCCAAAAGAAGGAGAAUUUAUGAAAUAUUUAUACUAUAAAAAUGCAAUAACCCUUGUUUUUUACAUUUAAAUCCUUAUGUAACAUAAUGUUUACAUGCCAAAAAAAAAAAAAAAAGGAAUUAUAAGAAAAUGCUGUCAUGGACCCAUCACUGUGGCAUUUGCUGGAAUACUGCUUGCUUAUGAUCUUUAUAGUGCAUUUUUAUCACACAACCUCAGAGUAUCUUUACCAAAGAUUUUUAAAGUAAAUUUCUUUUUAAUAUAGACUUAUCAUACUUUUAUAAUAAUGAAUGUGCACACACGCAUAUACAGAAUAUUUAGAUUUAGUUUUUUUUUUCUUUCACAUGGUAUAAUAAGGAAAGGAUCCUAAAAUAUUUUAUUUGAGGAUUUCUUAACUAUUGAUUUGUAUUGCUUUCUUGUCUUGUAUUAAUCAUUUGGUGUCAACAAUGCCAAAUCACUCUUUAUUGUCCAGUUACAUGAAAUUUUGCCUAUAACAGAGAUAUAAAGAUCUAGUACCUUGAGGAUUGUAAUUCCACUGUCUUUUGAUAUAUUGCCUUGAUUAUGAUCACUUAAAUACAUAAGUAAUAGAAAAGAAUCAUAGCGUCUAUAAGAGAAUGUUUGUAAAAAUGUACUGGUUUUUAAAAAAUUGUCAACAACACAAAUAUUUGGUAAUUCCGUGUAACAUGAGAGGCGUGGAAAAGGAAAGAAAACCCACAAUGUCCUGGGUUCUGCAGACCAUUUCACAGUUAGAUUUCUUUAUCACCUGGUUCUGUGGUGCAGAGCGACUCAGCGUGGAGUCUCACCUGCGAACAAAUUGACCAUUAGCACUCAAAAAGAAGUCUGUGUCCUCACCCCAUAUAGUGCAUAUCAAAGCUUCGAGAUGCUGGACAGCUCUGCAGCUCAAAGACGUGGGUUCUUUUUCCUUUUCCAAAUACAUUGUUUCUGCGGGAGCAACUUCUCUGAUCCAAAGUACUUCAUUGAGUGUAUGCUGAUGAAUACAGUGGAGUUAUCAACACUAUAAUUGUUUUCUCACUAUGAAAGAGUUUGCAAAGAUGUUUGUGAUGAUGUUUCAAGUAUAUAAACUCUAACUACAUUUAAACAAUAUUUAGGUCCAGAGGAAAGAAGAGAGCAUUUUGCCGUGGGGCUAUAGUAGAGGGUUUCUGGAAUCUAGACAGGACUCUGAAAAUACAACUUCCAACAGUUUUCCUAGUUAGUAAAAAAUCCUAUUAAUGUGAACCAGCCAGGAAUAACAGUGUUAUUUCUAUUUGAUAUGGUUUGGGCUUCUCUUGUCAAAUCUAUGUCGGCUGCCCCUUGAUCCCUCCAUUAUCAAGUUCUGAAGGGUGUUGGGGAAAUUAUGGCAGCUGCUAGGGAGAUCAGGGAAACACUGAUGUAACCUCACAGCCUCUCACCAUUCCUCUUGGCGUGGAAAGGCUUUUUUUCCAUAUACAUUUCUAGAAAUAUUGCUAUUCUACCUUAGUAUUUCAUAUUUGUAGUUUAAACAAGCGAUUGUCCAUCUGUUGCCUAGAGCUACAGUACAUGUGUGUUAUGAAUGAAAUAUGACAGCAUGUUCCAUACCCUGCUUUAGCCAUCUGUAGGAAACCAGGAGGCUGAAAAAGAUAUACCUCUGCAAAAUAUGCCUCAAGUUCAUUUCCUGAGAUCGCUCUUUUGGUGCACUUUCAUGGUUGACAAUCAGAGAGCAGCAUGUACUUGUGCCUUAUUUUUAAAGCAUCUUUAUACUAUUAUGAAUGCUCCACAGAUGAGUCUAUCAUGUAAAUAACCAUCCCCACAUCUCAAGGAUGUACUCAUCAAAAAGUCAAAAUCCAGAGAAGUCUGAAUUCUUUAUCUUAAUGUACUCUAAUAGUAUUUCUAUUCACUGUCUCUUGGAAGUAUCUGGGAAUAUCUGAAUUAGGAAAACAUUCUUCUGCCAUAAGGUGAUGUCUUGGGUGUUGUUGGUGAUUAGGUGGUCUUACUUAGUGAUCCUACUCUAAUUUUAGAUAAACAGGACAGACGACUUCUGCUUGGGUCUUUAACACCCAUUCAACAUACCCGCUUUUUUAAAUUGCUGUAAUUUUUUGGUUUGUCUGGUUUUGUUUUUGUUUUUUUAUUUAAUAAUGGACAGAACAAGUGGAGGACCUUGGUUCUGAGUCAUUACUGUGGUGUAAUCAUGGACAUUUCAGGUCAAGUUAUUUCCUUGACAGAUAGCUUCUCUCAUGAGGCUGUUUAGUUCACUUAUUAUUUCAAAUUUUUAAAAAGUGAUCUGAUUAAAGCUGUGUGGCAUGGUGAGAAUUCUUUCUCCCUCUUUCUCUUUGUUUCCUUUCCUUCCUCCCUUCAUUCCUUUCCAUUCCUACUUAUUAAUGCUAUCCUGCUUGGACUUUUUAUAAAUAAAUCAACAUAUUAUGAUCCUUACAGAAUUAUGAUCAUAUAAGGGAAGAAUUGUAUCACAAAAUAUAUGCAGCAUCCAUAAAUCCUUUUAAAAGAGCAUAUUUUCCAGAUUGUGUUUAUUCAUAAAGUGAGGUGAGAUAAUAGAGUCUUUCAGUUUUAUUUUAAUGAGUUUUCUUCAGGGACUCAGAUCAUAGAGUUCUUGGCAAAUUCAUUUAUUACUGUCCUACUUUUCUCAGCUAUAAGCAAAGUGAUCUUUCUCAGACUAGGUUAAGAUUUUUUUUUUUUUAAUCCAAAGCAUUUUGACCAAGAAAACAAUCAUGUUUUUAAAUGGUAGCAUGUUAUUUUAGAUCAAUGAAAUUUGAGAAUUUUCCUUAUAGCAGGGAAAAACUAUUAUCUUUCUAGAAUUUUUACACAUAUCAGCACUUUUCCAAUGACAAUAUUAAAUACUAAUGCUUGAAUCACAGUAUUUUGCAGGAGUAGGUCAGCAACAGAGCUUUUCCCUAAAGCACAGAUUACCGGCCCUUUAGUCUGUUUAUAAAAAGCAACAUGAGAAGAACAAUCUGGGUCUUUCUGUAAAGCAUUAUCUUAAAAUUUGGAUCUGAGAUUUUUUUUUCUUUUGUCUUUUGUCUUUUUUAGGGCCCCACCCGUUGCAUAUGGAGAUUUCCAGGCUAAGGGUCCAAUCAG